AUGAGUAUCUUGACCCCAGCACGUUUGCUCCAGCUCAGCUCAGCUCCCCAGCUACAGUCGAGCUGGUAUUUCAUCGCAGCUGCUACAUUGACAAUCUGCAAUGAGCCAGGAGAGAUUCCCUCUGUUUUCCAUUUGGCUUUGAAGCAGUCGCAGAAGAUUCCUUUGAAUUUGUCUGUGGCCGAAGACUCGAUAAAUUUUUCCAAGCAUCUCAUUUACAAAAAUUCAAUUGGCGAAAUCGAGAAAAAAAUUGAAAACUUAAAUUCGGAUUUGGUCGAUGAGGAAUCAAAUUUUAAAAAUCAAUUUGAGGUUGCCCAAAAAACAAGAGAGGCCUUAUUGAAAUGCUCUGCAUUGGGUGGAAUCCCAAAGUCUAUAAAUUCGUUGAUGAUUUUGAAAAACUCUACUCCUUUGCAAUUGCUAGAAAGAAAUGAAAAUAGAGAUAACAGCAUUUCAAACAUUACUAAUGAAAGAGAACGAGGCAGGCAAUAUUGGGAUCAAGUUUAUGGAAAGGUCUCAAGUAGAGUUAUAGGCCAAAUGAACAAUGCCUAUCCUGAUCUUUGGAGUUAUGCUAGAGACCAUGUUUACUCACCAUUGUUGUCCUUCAGCGACAUUUUGGAUCCAAGAGAGACUAGCUUGGUUGUAGUUGCUUGUUUAAUUCCUUUGGAUGUCAAUCCUCAGCUUAAAGGCCAUCUUAAAGGCGCAUUAAACAAUGGCUGUUCAAAGGAAGAAAUCUCAAGUGCAAGAGCUUUAUCCAUUCAAAUAGCAGAAUGGUGUGGCUACAAAUGGAAGGGAAAUAUUGUUAGCUUGUAG